AGGGCGUCGGGUCCCGCCCCCCUGCCACGUCCGUGCGGCGCCUGCGGCGGAGCCGGUGCAGGCGGGAGCGGGUGCCGCGGCCUCGUGUGCGGAACACCUGUUGCAGCCAUGAUGCCUGUUGCAACCGUGAUGCCUGAUGACACGCCGAUGUUUGACCCAAACAUUCUGCACGAGCUUGACUGGAGCCAGAACACCACCACGUUUUCUCCUGCUAUUUCUCCUCUAGAUCCAGGAGAUGGCCUAGUUUUGAGACCACUUUGCACUGCUGACUUAAAUCGAGGCUUUUUUAAGGUUCUGGGUCAGCUGACUGAAACUGGAGUUGCAAGCCCAGAGCAGUUCAUCAAAACCUUUGAGCACAUGAAGAGAUCCGGAGAUUACUACGUUACUGUCGUAGAAGACACCAACCUGGGCCAGAUUGUUGCUACAGCAACCCUGGUGAUAGAACACAAGUUCACUCACUCCUGUGCAAAGAGGGGAAGGAUAGAAGACGUCGUUGUAAGCAGGGAGUGCAGAGGAAGGCAGCUUGGUAAACUAUUAACAUCCACCCUGACACUGCUAAGUAAGAGACUGAACUGUUACAAAAUCACCCUGGAAUGUCUGCCCAAAAACGUGGACUUCUACAAGAAGUUUGGCUAUUCGGUGUCCGAAGAGAAUUACAUGUUUCAGCGGUUCUUUAACUAAGGACUUGGAGUCCUUUUGGUACAGACUGUUGGUGGAGAAGUUCGUGUGACAAACGUUCUCUUCGUGGAAAAACUCUCUAGUUUAUUGCUGCAGAUUUCAUUGAUCCCUAUAAAUAACAUCAAAUGUCUAAACCCUGAUUAAAAACCCCCCAUAAUCACUGAUGUUUUAGAAGGGUCCUUCGGGUUAGGAAAUCAGCGCUUAGAACUACUUUUUACUGCUCUUUAGUCUAAGUGGAGCUUAAUUUGGUUCUAGUUUGGUUACAAAGGACUCUUAAAGGGAUGGUUUUUAACCAAAGGUCUAUAUUUUUUAUCUCAAAUCUUUUCUCACCUUGUAUUUUUCUAAAGGUUUGGACUUCUUUUUCUUGGUAGCCAAAGUCCAGCCCGUGGGAUGGUUGUGCUGUCUGGGCUCCGUGGAAGGGUGACAUAGCUUGGGCAGGGAUGGUUCAUGGGUAGAACCAGCUCUGGUUCUGCUCUGUCCAUGAGAUCCAGUGAUUAAAUUGGGUUGAAAGUGCUGGUGUUCUUCAUGUACCUGAAGUUUUUAUAGACACAACCUUCCACAGCCAAAUCUGUCACUGUUUCUGAGGUAGGAGUGAAUCCUUAUGGGCUAACAGCUGAUGUUCUGGCUCUUAAACUGGAUGUGUCCUUCUCGCUGCAGGGCUCCCGCACUUUAGCUGAUGACUUUGUUUUCAGGAUAAUUUUUUGUCUGACUAAAGAACAUCCCAGUGGUUCCCAUCCCUGGAACCAUUCCAGGUCAAGUGGUUUGGGGCUCUGAGCAAUCUGCUUUAGUUGAAGAUGUUGACUUGUGGGUCAGACUAGAUGAGCUUGAAAGGUCCCUUCCAGCCCAAACCAAUCUUAAAGGACUUUUCCAACCUGAAUGAUUCUGUGAUGCUUUGGUUUGCAACAGGGCAAAUGUAACUUGAGAACUGGAAUGUUGGAUGGAGAAGACACCCAGUUUGCAGUGGAAUUGUCUUCUAAUCCAUGGGAAUGUGGUUGGGAUGGGCAGCAAAGGAUCCAUCUUCACAGAGCACCAGCCAGCUCGCUCUACUGGAUCUCCUGAGGGCCACACAUUCCAAACCAGCGGAGAAAUAGCCAAGCAGUGUUGCAAACCAGCAGAGAAAUGUCCAUCCUGAGGGCUCCCUCUUGCUGUGAGGCUGAAUACACGAUUUGAGCACUUUUGCCAGUGCUGGCAGGCAAAUUAAUGUACAAAGCCGGGGCUCCAACAGUGGUGUCUUGUGUGACAAAUGCUCCAUCCCUGAAUAGGGCAUUAUCAAGAGGUGAAGGUCUGGAUUGUGACCAGUCACGGCCUUACAAAAAGUUCUUUCAUGGUGGUGUGGAGAGCUACUUCAAGCUGGGGUGGGGGUUCUGUGGAAUGUUCCUGAUGGUACUCCGCUCACUCUGGUGAUGUUUGGUUUAUUUAUUGAUUAUUUUUUAAGGAGAAAUAAAAAUUAUCUUUGUUUAAGCUGAAUAAAUGAAA